ACGAAGAUACGAUACAAACUACUACACACGGUUACAAGUGAAAAUAAUAUAAACAUUGAUUACUUUUCGAAAUUAUUGAAAUUCAAGUAUGGCUAUUUGAAUUGAACAUAUACGUAUUAUUUUUAUAGAGACAGUGAGUUUCAUUGAUAUGGCAGUAUCACUAUAUACAUUCAGUGUAUUAUCAAUUUUAUUUUAUUAUAUCGAAGCUACGCCAAUAUGCAUCAAUUCUGUCUUAGAGAUCAAUAAACUCGUAUGUUCUCCUGGUAAUUAUAGCGAGUUGAUACUAACACGGGGUAUAGUAUCAGACAAUAAUAAAACAACGUCAAUAAUUCUAAGUGCUUGUAGGAUAAGUGACGUGGAUUUUGAAGCGUUCAAUCGACUGCCAGCGCUCAGGCAUCUUGAUCUAUCUAAAAAUACGAUCACUACAUUAAAGCUAGGCGUAUUAGAUGGUUUCAGAGCACUGACGCAUUUAAAUCUCUCCUACAAUUAUUUAAAAACAUUUCCAUUGGGCCUGUUUGAUCAGAAACCGAAUUUAAUUAAUCUAGAUGUUAGUUCAAAUAGAAUAGACACAUUGGUAUUGGGAGUUUUUGAUCCGUUAAGGAAAUUAGAACAUCUGGACCUCUCGAGCAACUCUUUGGUUGGAGACAAUGUUGAUCCAUAUCUAUUCGAUCGUAGCCGGAAAAUUAAAUAUUUGAGUUUCUCCAGAAACAAUAUGAAUAAUGCCAAUGCUGAUUUACUGCAUGCAGUUUCUGAAUUACAAACACUCAAAUUGGAGGAAUGUGAACUUGAAGAGAUUCCAGAGUUUAUCAUCGUAAGGAGUUUUAAAGUACUGAAAAAUCUUCAUUUAUCCGGUAAUCUUUUAAAGGAAGUAAAAAAUUCCCAUUUUAGUAAUAUGUCAACAUUGUUAACACUGGAUUUAAGUGGGAAUCAUAUAGAAAAUGUUGAAGAGAACUCCUUUAAAUCGCUGAACAAUUUAAGGAGUAUUGAUUUAAGAAAUAAUCUAUUAAAGGUUAUUCCUGAAACUUUAUUUCAAAAUAUACCAGCACUAUCGAAUAUUGAUAUGUCCCACAAUUUGAUAGAAUAUGUGCCUGUUAAUGCCUUUCGUGGGACUAAGGUGAGGAAUUUAAAUUUAUCAAAUAAUCAAUUCACAUAUCUACAGGACAAUUUUUGUUUGGAAUUAAGGAAUUCCGGUGCAAUAUUGACGAAGUUUUAUUUCAAUGAUAAUCCCUGGCAAUGUUCUUGCUUGAGAGAUAUCAUUAAUGAAGUGAAAAAGUAUGAAAUAAUAUACAACACUGCAAAAUACGAUGGAAAGCAUCCAGUGUGUGUGGUUUCGGAUAAAAACAAUUGUCAAAGACAUUUUGAAUAUAGUAAAGAGUUCUUAAACUUACAUGUUAGCGAAAUAAACAAUUAGAAUAAAUUAUUUUUUAUCGUAUAUUGCAAUUUGAACAUAUCAUUGCCUGAUUAAUAUAAGAGCCAUCUAUCGUUAAAUAAAGGAACUUUUAUAUGGUUGGUCUGUUCAUUUGAAAGCAGUGAUUAUUGAGUAGAUCUUUACUUUUAGUUCGAAUUGGUACCGAUAGGUGUCGGUACGGAUAAAUUUUUACUACACUUCACAUGAUUACAUACAUCUUUAUACAGAUACAGUAAAAAUAUGAUAUGCUGUAAUUUUAAACAUGUUUUUAAAAAAAACCCUACAAAU